GAGAUCUGGGAGUUGAAGACCCCACAUCUUGAAAGGUGCCGAGUUUGAAAAAAUCUAGUUUCGAUCAUCCCCCCCCCCUCCCCCUUCUCGCGAAGAACUCUAGUCAGUGCAGGGGUCUCCAACCUUGGCAACUUUUAAGACUUGUGGACUUCAACUCCCAGAAUUCCUCAGCCAGCAAAGCUACACACGUCUCAUUCUGCUUCCGGGUGUCCUUGAAAUUCAAGUCUCAGAAGCGACUGGUGUGCGACUCACGUGACGGAGUAAAUCCUCGUUUCCGGUGCCGAUUUUCGAACCGGAGCUGCUUGUCCCCCCCCCCCCCCUCCGCUGCCACCGUUGAGUUAGUUGUUUAUGCCGUUGCUUUCUGUUUGGAGGUGUGAUGGACUUGCAGCAUAAUCCUGUGGGAGAUAAUGGAAAGGCCCUUGUUAUUGGACAGGUUCCAACACUGGGUGGAUUUGGCCCAAUUUAGGAAUUGUAUGUCCCACAAGUGUCUAUAAAUCCCCAAACCCAGAUUAUUACAGAAAUGAGCCCCCCUGGGGCAGCAAAGAAGAGGAUUCUCCCAGCAUGGAUGAGCAAGAAGACAGCUGAACCAGAAGAAUGGGCAAAAAUGGGGUCAAAGAGAAGAAAAAAGACAGCUGUAGCAAGGACUGAGACCGUGUAUUGUAUGAAUGAAGCAGAACUGGUCGACAUGGCUCUUUGUAUUUUAGCUGAGAAUUGCAAGGCUAUAGAAGGUGAUGUGAUUUCUCAAGAGCAUCAACAGGAAUUGAGAGAGGGCCACCAUCCAAGGACUGCUGUCAACAUUGCCAAGGAUCCUCCUGUACCAUCCACACCUCCAGAUGCUUUAAGUAGCAAUGAGGAAACCAAACUAGAGGAAGAUGAUGAUGCCUUAAAAUAUGUCAGGGAGAUUUUCUUUACAUAAUUUUAACAUUUAUAAGCAACAUAGCUUUUUAAAAUUAGAAUUAGAAUUCUUUUUAUUGGCCAAGUGUGAUUGGACAAACAAGGAAUUUGUCAUGGUGCAAAUGCUUUCAGUGUACAUAAAAGAAAAGAUACAUUCGUCAAUCCUGACAGUCCCUGUCAUUAAGUGAGGUCCUCACAACUUAGUUUUCAACAAAGUCACUGGGAAGUCCCAGGUAACUUGCAAACAGGCCAACAGGCUGCUGUGAUGUGAGUAUGGCAGGGUCAAGGUGACUUCUGCUGGGUGGCACAAGGCGCACAGGGGGCCUGGGUGCCAAGGACCAGGGUGUUGUGAGCACAUGCUACAAAGUAUGAGAUUUCUGGCAGAAAAAGGCUUUAGGAAUGCAAAUGACUUGUAGGAGUGUUUUACAGCUUUCCCUGCUUUUACCACUUUCCCUGCUGGCUUCCUCAUUGGCUGCUUGUGGGAAGCUGGCAGGGGUGGUUGCAAAUGGUGAUCAUGUAACCCUGGGAUGCUUACAACCAUUGUAAGUGCAAGGUGGCUGCCAAGCACCGGAAAUAUGAUCAUAUGAUUAUGGAGGCAUUGUGGCAGCCAGAACUCUGAAGACCAGUUUUAAGUGCUCCUCUUUUUAGUACCAUCGCAACUUUGAAUACUAGCUGAAUGAGUGAUCAGUAAAUAAAAGUUCCCUAUAUUUUAAUUUAUGAUUAAACUCUUACGAUGCAAGAAUAAUAUGGUAAUAGGGAAAAAAGCUGCUAAAGUACUCAAGUACCCCGGAGACAUGCAUUUUUGGAUCAGGUUCUAUUAUUUGUCUUCAUUAAAUAGGUAUCUCUUCUCCACUAAUGUUCAGACCAUUUGACAAUUAGCUGGGUUAUGACUAAGAACCAAGAAAUUAUCUCGGUGCAUUUAUUACUCAUAUGGUAGCUUUAAACCAUAGAUCUGGAACAUUUGUAUUAAUGUCUGUCAGACGGGGAAAGAUAUAAAAAUGCUAUAUAGAAAUUUUUUUUCCUUGACAUGCUGCCAUGUGGUAAGAAUG